ACACAUUCACAGUCAAUCUACAAAUCACUAAAAAAAUGAGUGAGCUUUCCUACUCUCUCCCCUCUUGGGAUCUCCAUAACGUUGGAUCACUCUUCAACCAGAACUUCAAUCUAGAUGCAUGGGGGAUCAUUGAUGAAUCGCCGGAGAAUAUAUUCUGUUCGCCGGAGAUGGAAAUCGGGGACGGUUCCACCGGAUACCUUGAAGACGCACUCAUCGAAUUCAGUGGGAGAAGCAAACGGAGACGUCUCUCCUUCAACGGCGCCGAGGACAAACCAAAUUAUGAUAUAGACCAUUCUCAGAAUCAUUGGGGCCUGUCUGAGAAUUAUAGUUGCACGAGUAGUCAGUUUGCAGAUGAAUCUCCAAAUUCUUCCAUCGAUAUAUGUUCCGAAGAAAAAUCUUCAAAUUUUGCAAAAAACUCCUUCGAACCGUCCUCGUCCAUGUCAAAGAAGAAUGACUAUGACGAGAAGAAGAGGAUAGUGUAUCCAUUUGGAGUGGUGAAACCAGGUGGUCGAGAAGAAGAUAUAACCCUAAAUGACAUUAAUAAGAGGAUUCUAAUGCCACCGGCUCGGCCGGUUCGACAUCCGGUUGGAGACUUUGCCUGCCGUCCGUGUGUCUCUGCAGAUGGACCGGGUCUAUCAGGCAAAGCCGUUGUUGCUUUCACGAAAAUACAAACAUUAGGGAGGGGCACAAUUACUAUUAUAAGAACUAAGGGAUGAUAUAAGUAAUAUUGGGCUUCAGACAACAACGUCACCAUCUCAAACCGCAAGGUGUCUUCGUCCGAAGAUCAGGGUUUGGUGGUGUAUUUGAAGAGUUCGGUUACGUCUUUCGUGGUUCCCACGAAACUUUUUCCAAUUUGGGAUCAUGUGUUGCUUCCAAGGUUUGUAAGGAUGUUGCUGUUUUGGAUUCUUCUCUGCUCGAUCCUUUCAUGUUAGGGUUUUACUGCGGCAAUUAUUUUCCGGUAGAUCCAAUGUCGGUCACAGAUAAAUUGGGGGCUUUGUG